AUGCUCUCCAAUACUAGCCCUGACUUCGAGUUGAUUGUGCGCCAACAACCGGAGCAAGCUCGCGUGGCCGGGGGCAAGGAGAAGGAGCGCAAACCAGUUGAUCCACCGCCGGUGAUUCAGCUCAAAGUCUCGCCAGAGAACACCUAUCUUGCCCACUUAUACCAUGCUACCGAGGACCACCCAGUUCACUCCAGCCAGCCUUCCACAGCACUAGCCGGCACUCUCGUUUCUUCACUGCAUCGUUUGAAGGAUACAGACAAUACUGAUGGAGGAUUCUUUGUCUUCGGAGACUUGUCCAUCAAGGUCGAGGGCGAAUUUCGACUGCAGUUCACUCUUUUCGAGAUGCAAAAGGAUAACGUCGUGGCGUUAAAGUCGAUCAUUUCCAAUUCAUUUCCAGUGUUGACACCAAAGAAUUUCCCUGGAAUGAGAGAGUCCACGCAGCUUUCGAGGUCGUUUGCCGAUCAAGGGGUGAAAUUAAGAAUCCGCAAGGAAGCGCGGAACGCACAAAAACGUGGAGGCGCAAGCAGACAUGAGGAGUAUGCUCCAAGUCUACCUCGCUCACCUGAUCGCCCUCAAAUGCCGCAAAUGGUCUCUAGCGCUUUUUCAGGAUACCCUCAACACACCUUCUACCCUACGACGCCAGCUCCCAAGCGUGUUCGCACGUCGAUGGACAUGGACCAAAGAGUUUUUGAACCUGAUGCGCGGUAUGCGCCCACCUAUCAACCCCCAGCGAUGUACUCGAAUCAGCCUGGACCUUACCCAAAUCCGAUGUUCAGCUACACCGGGCCAUCGCAGCAUGUAACCGUGCCAGACUAUGGCGUUCCGGUUCGACCGCAGCAGCCAUUGACGAGCACAGGCUCGUCAUACCCUCCCUCGGAAGAUCCGAUGCUGGCCAUGAGAUCUUUCAACAAUACCGGGUAUAGGUAUCCCACCUAG